AUCCGCAGCUAGCCAGUUACUACCCAUAAACUACGUAUGGAUGGAGGUGUACCUAUCGGCUAGUUAAUGCUUGAGUUUCUGCGCCUGCAGCUUCUCGGGGUCGUGCUGGUCGACGCUGCCCAUCUCGUCCUGGUGGCCGCGCGCACGGGCCAUGAUGCGGUCGACCUUGUCUGGCAACUCCUGAGAAGAGAACGGCCACAGACACGCAGAUAGCAGAUGUGAGCGGCCGGUUUCGUCUGUCUGUGCCGUGUGGCCGUCAUGUCGAUCGUUAUGUGUGUGACCUUGAGGUAGUCGGCUUGGGAGAAGUUCAUGUAGAGUGAGUUCAUGACAAUGACCUUCUCCGUCAUCGUGGGCGUCGAUACCUGCAACCUGAAUGUGUGACACACAUACACAUACACGAACACUCAGACAGACGAGCUGGUGUGAUCCCGUGUGCCACACCACUCGUUGUCUGACUGACCAGUGUUCGUGUGCUUCGUAGUCGUAUGAUGUCUCGAUGCACACGUCGGCCUUCCCGUGGGAGGUCUGCAUUUCCUGGCACAUGACGAAACCCCCGUCACUCUUGCUGCACACAUACAUCACAUCAGCACGACACACACGGAUCAUGACACAUCGACACACGCCUCACCAGGCACCACCCCUGCAGCCCUCCCUCGCUCACCCAGUGGGGUUGAUUGUCCACUCGGGGUGCCUCUCCCUGAUGUAGCUGAGCACACAGGCGCUCAUGGGGUCGAUGUACUUGUCAGGCAGCGUCCGCUUGCCCAUCGUCAGCCCCUCGAAGUCUUCAGGCACCUCCACCUCCCCUAUAGAGCUCUCGCCGAAGUUGGGGUACACCUGGCGAUGCCGGGCCGGCACCCCCUGUGGGGCCUCGUCGUCCGUCUUGAUCUCCCCGCCCUCCAGGUGCUCCAUCGUGCCCUCAGUCGACUCAGACACGUCGAUGUUGACGGUGCGCGGCGAGACGACUGCCACCUGUGGGGCGAGUUUGGCGCCCUCUGGCGACUCCAGCGUGUCCUCAGAUAUCACCACACGAAUGUUGCCUGUGCAGCAAGCAAAGAAAGCAUCCAGCGACACACGGCAUACGACAAUUGAUACGAUCACAAUGAACAACUGAUGUGUGUCUGCUCCCAUCAGAGACUCACCUUGUGGCUUGAUGACGACGGUCUCCGGUUCGCCAUGCGACUGCAGUUACCACACAAAGGUCCGAGAGGCGUGUCCAUGAUCCUUCCCUGUCUUACCGAUUCGGCCAUGACGGGCAUUCGGCCCUGCCAGCGCUUCUGCUGGCAGAUGGGAUGGGUCAUCGGCGGCCGUAGAUGGGACGACAGGCGCGACGCCAGGCUGCUCAGAGGAGCUGCCGCAAGGGCCCGAAGAGGCAAUACGCCCGAACUCAAAACAAGUGACAUGGCUACACUACCAGCGUUCACGUGUGAGCACAACGACGACGCCGUCCAGUUCUGGUUCGUUCAGAAAGGAGUUGGG